AUGUUCGAAUUUCUGCCACUCGGGCGAAUUCUCAAGACGACAAACCCACCGGCAGUCGAAAAGUCCUCUGCGCCCCUUCGGUUCGGCGUGGUCGGUGCUUCACGCAUCGCUCCAGAUGCUGUCAUCAAGCCUGUCAGGUGCCACGCAGACACCUUGAUCCUCGCAGUCGCGGCGCGAAGCGAGAGACGGGCGCAGUCGUAUGCGCAGAAAUGGAGGAUCCCAAAGUUUUAUGGCGGGCAGAAUGCGUACCAAGAUCUCAUCGAUAACCCUGACAUCGACGUCGUGUACAUCGGGCUCCCCAAUGCUCUGCACUAUGAAUGGACCAUGAAAGCGCUUGCAGCAGGCAAGCAUGUGCUCUGCGACAAGCCGAUCGCGGACAACGAAGAAGAGACGCAGAGGAUGUUUGCUCUCGCCCAGGAAAAGAACCUCGUCCUCCUGGAAGCCUGGCAACCUCGAUUCCAUCCAGCCCUGCACCGCGUAAAGGCAAUCAUAGAUGAGGGCUCUCUCGGCAAGAUCGUCAAGAUGUAUGCGCACUUCGGCCUCUGGGGGGAUCUUCAGUUUAAGAAGGAUGACAUCCGCUACAACUACGGCCUGGGUGGCGGGGCCUUGAUGGACUUGGGCCCGUACCCGCUGAACAUCAUGCGCUACCUUUCGUCGUCUGAGCCUACCGUCCUGUCCGCCGAGGCGACAUGCCGCUCCGAGAACGUCGACCGGCGGAUGGAGGUGCACAUGACGUUCGCGGAGUCUAUCCCCGCGACAGUCAUCGUCGACUUUGCGCUGGAGGGCUGGGGCCCACUCAAGCUCCUUCCGCAGUGGCUGAAGCUCGUCUUUCGCGUCGAAUGCGAGAAUGGCGUAGUGGAGUACUUCAACUACGCGCUCCCGUCGCUCUACCACUACAUCACGAUCACCACCAAAGACGGGAAGUCCCGCGUCGAGAAGGUGUACAAGCCCGCAGAAGGCAAGGGCGAGGAGUGGUGGUCUGCGUAUCGAUACGAGCUGGAGGCGUUCGUGGACAAAGUACGGGGCCGCGAGCCGCAGGUUUGGAGAACGGCAGAGGACUCAAUCAACUCCAUGCGUAUCAUCGACGCUGCAUAUACCAAGGCAUGUUUUGCACCUCGUUCUCGGCGCACGCACUGA